AUGAGCCAGCUGGGAAAAGAUCCGUGCCUGCCGACCGCCGACGGGGCCGAAAUGGAAACGAAGACCAAAGACAGCGCCUUUUCCGUCAUGGCCGAGCUCUUCAUGGAGGAGAAGCUGUGCGACGUGGUGAUCAGGGUGGGCGACGCCAAAUUCCACGCUCAUAAAAUCGUCCUGUGCAGCUGCAGCUCCUACUUCCGCACACUCUUCACGGGCGCCUGGGCGACCUCGGAAAAGGAGACGUACACUAUCCCCGGGGUGUUGCCGGAGAUGAUGCACCUCAUCAUCAACUUCGCCUACACCCACGCUGUUGUCGUGACAGAAGAUAACGUGGUGGACGUUUUGGAGGCGGCCGACCAGUUCUUGGUCCCCGGGAUGAUUCAGGCCUGCUGCCUCUUCCUGGAGGACCGGAUAAGUCUGAGGAACUGCAUCAGCGUCUGGAAGCUUGUCAACUUCUACCACUGUCCGGAAUUCAGGCACAGGGUGUUCAUGUACAUUCUGCACAACUUCGAGGAGGUGGUCUCCAUCUCGCAGGAGUUCCUGGACCUCUCCGAGCAUCAGCUGGCGGUUCUAAUUGAGAGCGACCACCUCAAUGUGAAAGGAGAGAAUUCGGUGUUUGACGUUGUCUUUAGGUGGAUUAACCACCAGCCCAACCAAAGAAAAUGCCACCUCUAUAUGCUAUUGGGCAAGGUGCGUUUAGGCUUGUUGACCGCGGACGACCUGAAGAGCAAGGUGUUAAACAAUAUCAUGAUAAACAGAAACGUGAGAUGUAUGUCCGUCAUCAACGACGCAGUGGACGCUUACAUAGAUUUCCACAGCAAAAAGCUCAAAAACGGUUGUGCCUCCAGCAGCCCGAUGAGCCGCCCCCGCCUGCCCCCCGUGAAUCUGCUGGUCACCGGAGGGGAGAGCGGCGCCACCGAGGCCGGCAGCUUUGAGCUGUACGACGUCCGGUCCGACCUCUGGGCCGAUCUGGGCACCGGCGCCUCGCUCUCUCAUCACGGUGCCGCCGUCCUGGCCGGCUUCGUGUACGUAGUGGGUGGCGGCAAGCAGGGAGUGCUCUUGAACACUGUGCAAAGGUUCCACUUCAUCACCUCCACCUGGCAGAGCGUGGCCCCCAUGCUAAGCGCCCGCUGCUACGUCGGUGUUGCCGUGCUGGACGGGCUGAUUUAUGCCAUCGGGGGCUACGAUGGACAUUCCUACCUUAACUCUGCCGAGUGCUACGACCCUGAGACGGACUGUUGGACCAUGAUUGAGUCUAUGAAUUCAAGGAGAUGUGGGGCCAGCGCAGCCACUCUGCAUGGAAAGGUGUACGUUUGUGGGGGUUUUAAUGGACACCGCAUCCUCGCCUCAGCUGAAUGUUUUGAUCCGGAAACCAACCUGUGGACCCGGAUCUUCCCGAUGACGUCCUGCCGAAGCGGCCUGGGCGCCGUGGCCUAUAAAGGCCGAAUCUUUGCCGUCGGAGGCAUUCAGAAUGGCAACACUCGUCUUUGCACGGCGGAGGCCUUCAACCCAAACACCAACAGGUGGUGCAGAGUGCCCUCCAUGUUCAACUGCCGCAGCAACUUUGGCAUCCAGGUAGUGGAGGAGCAGCUGUUUGUGGUCGGGGGAGAGGAUGGUUUCGGCACCAUGUCGGCCGUGGAGUGCUACGACGAGGAGGCCGGCGUGUGGAUUCGCGUCUCUGGGAUGGAGACCCCCCGCAGCGGCCUGAGCUGCUGCCUGGUGCACGGACUCCAGAACAUGGCAGAACUGUUGUUCCCCCGCGAAGGAAGAUCUUUAUGA